AUGUCGUCGGAUCCUCGGAACCCUAAUCCUCCUCCUCCUCCACCUCCCGGUUCUUCGUCAUCCGCGCUUCCGGCGGGGGGCAGCUAUUUCCCGCUCCCUUUCCACCUGCAGCAGCAGCAGCCGGUGGCGACCUACCAGUACCAGCAGCUGCAGCAAGCGCAGCAGCUCUUCCAGCGGGACGCGCAGACCAUCACCCCCGAGGCGCUCGAGAGCGUCAAGGCCGCCCUCGCCACCAGCGACGUCCUCGACCCCUCUGCUGCCAGGGCCUCCGCCUCCUCCAACGCUGCCGCCAAGAAGAAGACAAUCCCUCGUCGUGCAGCCGGACAGUCCUGGGAGGAUCCUACCCUCACCGAGUGGCCCGAAAAUGACUACAGGUUGUUUUGUGGAGAUCUAGGUAACGAAGUUAAUGACGAUGUUCUCUCAAAAGCCUUUUCACGGUUCCCCUCCUUCAAUAUGGCUAAACAGGUUGUUAGAGAUAAGAGGACUGGCAAAACAAAAGGUUAUGGAUUCGUCAGUUUUUCAAACCCUACAGACCUUGCUGCAGCAAUAAAAGAAAUGAAUGGAAAGUAUGUUGGGAAUCGCCCUAUUAAAUUGCGUAAGAGCAAUUGGAAGGAGAGGACAGAUGUCGAGGCUCUACAAAGACAAAAGAAUCAUAUUCAGAAGAAACCUAAAACACAAAAGAAGGGUAUUCUUCACAAGUAA